AUGGUGAGUGGCAGUAAUUACUUGAAGCCGAAGACGGAGUCAAAGCAACCAAACGACGGAAUGGAGACACACGAUGGGCGGGCGGAUAUGACGAAUUUCGAGAUGGAUCUAUUCGACACACGAAUCGAGGUGCCGACGGAGAAGUCGCAUGGCGGUGGUAUGCACAGCCCGUAUUACGAGGAGGACGACCCGACGAAGAAGCAGCGGUGCUUUAAGUGUGGCCCACCCGCCCGUAACCGUAUCAUCAAACCGGCGUGUGUGCCCAUCUCGCUUGUCUCUCUCCUCAUCAUUGCUCUCGUUUUUCUUCCACUUUUCAACGAGGAAGAUCUCUCUUCACCGAUCAAAUUGACCACUGCAUGUACUGUAGAUUGUAGAUCAUUUCUGGUGGAAUCGAUACCCACUGGCGUGCCGUUUCGAACGAUGAAUCAUACGGCUGAGGCGUGGAUUGAUAUCAUUGAUAAUACCAAACAAUACCUCGACAUAUCGGUAAUGUACUGGAACCUCAACACUUCCACAUACGAAACCGCCCGUUACGGUCGCCACGUGUACGAAGCACUCAUCCGAGCUGGCAAGCGUGGUGUGAAAAUUCGAAUCGCCCAAGAUGGUGCGUCCAAUCUUUCGGAUAACGAAGAAUCGGCGUAUCUGAUGCGAGAAGGACUCGCAGAAGUGAGAGAAAUCAAUGUGACGAGACUGAUAGGUUCGGGAAUUAUUCAUACGAAAUUUAUACUUUCGGACAUCUCAACUCUCUACAUUGGAUCCGCUAACAUGGACUGGAAAUCGCUGAGUGAAGUCAAAGAACUCGGCGUCGUCGUCAGAGAAUGCCCUUGUGUCGCUUCAGACUUGUACAAAAUCUUCGCGGCGUACUGGAAAUUGGGAGAAAAUGAGUCCUCGAUUCCGGAGAAAUGGCCCAUUUCUUACCGGACUGCAUUCAAUUUUUCGAGUAUGGCGAAGAUGGAGUUGGAUGGAGAGCCAGCAGAGUUCUUUAUAUCGUCCUCCCCCGGUCCAUUCAAUCCGAAAGGAAGAGAACACGAUCUGGCGGCAAUUCAAAAAGUGAUGAAGUCAGCUCAGCACUCGAUCUGUAUCUCCGUAAUGGACUACAUCCCAUCGACACUAUACAUGAAAAACGGCAACAAAUUCUGGCCAGAAAUCGACGAUUCGAUUCGAGACGCCGCGUAUCGAGGAGUGAAUGUUCGAAUGUUGAUAUCCCAUUGGGAUCACUCGAGAAAAGAAAUGAUUCCAUUCUUGAAAAGUCUUCAAUCGAUAACUGAUGGAUUGCCGAGAUAUAAUGGGACGGAGCACGGACAAGUUCGAGUGAGAAUAUUCACGGUGCCGGCGAACGAACAACAGAAAAAGAUUCCGUUUACGAGAGUGAAUCAUGCGAAAUAUAUGGUCACUGACGAGAUUGCUUAUAUCGGCACAUCAAACUGGUCAGGAGACUAUUUCAUCAGCACAGCCGGCGUCGCGAUGGUCGUUCGACAACCGGCAGCCACCAAACGACUGCAACAAGUCUUCGAUCGAGACUGGAAUUCAGAAUACGCUACGGAUAUUUAA